CUUGGUGUCGUGUUGAUUUCCUGAGUUAAAUAUUUCCAGAUUUUUGUAUGAAAUCACAACAAUUUGAAAUAAUUCCAAAACAAUAAAUAAAUUUUCUAAUUAAUUAAAGCAUUCUUUUCAUUUGCAAAACAAUAUUUUGCAUUCAAUUUUAAGUACAAAAUCAACAAGUAACAUAUCGCUUCUCAAAAAACUUCUGACGUGUCUUUCAAUCAACUCGAACCAAAUCAGCUAAAACCGAUAAGAAUCCUAAAAAUUCACAUGCUUAAAAUCGCUAAUCGACAAUAAUGAGCUUACGCAGACGACCAGAUAGCUCAGGAGGCAAUUCUGCCUCCUCCGAUAAAAAAUCAUUAAUUCCCAAUGAACAUGGAGAAGUCCACGAAAAAACCGAUUUACGUGGUGACAAAGGUAACAUUGCAAUCCUUCUCUUCCUCUAUAUUCUCCAAGGUAUUCCGCUUGGAUUGAUUGCUGCUAUUCCCAUGCUUUUACAAAAUCGUGGCGCCAGUUAUAAACAACAAGCUGAAUUUAGUUUUGCCUAUUGGCCAUUCAGUUUGAAACUACUAUGGGCUCCAAUUGUUGACUCUUUGUAUGUGUCACGAUUUGGAAGACGGAAAUCAUGGCUAAUACCCACACAGUAUCUAAUUGGACUGUUUAUGAUACUGUUGUCGGUAAAGGUUGACAAUUGGUUGGGUGGCGAUGGGAUUGAUCCCAAUGUACCACUUCUCACAGCCAUGUUCUUUGCUUUGAACUUUUUGGCAGCUACCCAGGACAUUGCUGUCGAUGGAUGGGCUUUGACUAUGCUCAAGCGAUGCAAUGUUGCCUACGCAUCGACUUGCAAUAGUGUCGGACAAACUGCUGGCUAUUUCCUUGGCUAUGUUGCCUUUAUUGCCAUGGAAUCGAAAGAUUUCUGCAAUACUUAUUUACGAAGUGAACCUAAAGACGAAGGAAUGGUUACACUUCCUGAUUUUCUUUGGUUCUGGGGAUUGUGUUUCCUGAUUGCCACAACUUUGGUGGCAAUAUUUAAGCGAGAGAAUAAUGAAGAUUCUGGACAGAGAUAUGCAGAACAUCCGGAACUUGAUAUUAAGGAGAGUUAUAAAAUUCUCCUUGACAUUGUACGAAUGCGACCAAUACAAAUACUUGCUGUAAUCCUACUCACUGUGAAGGUGACAUUUGCUGCUUGCGAUUCUGUAACUUCGUUGAAACUAAUCGAUGCUGGAGUUCCAAAGGAAAAACUCGCUCUUCUUAUUAUUCCAAUCAUUCCAUUGCAGAUUGUUCUUCCAUUAGUUGUGAGUCGCUAUACAAAUGGUCCGAAACCAAUGGACGUUUAUAUCAAAGCGAUUCCCUAUCGAAUGGUGUUUUCAGCAAUUGCGACACUUAUUGCCUUCUUUUGUCCACUUAUGAUUAAUGGUGGGGAGGUGCCUUUGUAUUUCUAUGUUUUGCUGGUGGUGAAUUAUGGAAUCUAUCAGAUAUUCUUGUAUUGCAUGUUUGUUGCUGUAAUGGCAUUUUUUGCGAAGAUUUCCGAUCCAGCUGUGGGUGGAACUUAUAUGACGCUGUUGAAUACAGUUUGUAAUUUGGGUGGAAAUUGGCCAAAUACAGUGGUAUUGUGGUUGGUUGAUGUAUUAACAUGGAAAGAAUGUAUUGGAGGAGAUCGAGAAGGUGAUUCGAAGAAGAAUUUGUGUCUUAAUAAAGAACAAACUGAGAAAUGUACAUCAUCAGGUGGUCGUUGUGAAAUUGUUUUCGAUGGUUACUAUAUUGAGGCUAUUAUUUGUAUGAUUUACGGUUUAGUGUGGUUGUAUUUUGGAAGGAAAUGGAUAGCUUACCUGCAAAAUUUACCCACUAAACAAUGGCUGGUCGUAAAUGAAUCAAAUUCUGGCAAAAAAUCUAAGAAAAGAUAGCAAUUCGAUGUUUGAAACUAGAGAUGAUUUGUAUUUUUUGAAAGAAUUCUUUAGUUUUUCAAACUUUAAUUAAUUUUUGUUGUGCAGUUUUUUUUGUCUUUGUUGUGUUUCUUCUGUUUUUAUUUUUAAUUGAAAUUAUUUAUUAGUUUACUACAAUUUGAUGAUGAAGAAAAGUUAAUAGUAAAAGGAAAGACAUGUAUUCUAAUUUUAUUGCAGGCUUUAUUUUUUUUUUUUUUUUGAAAUAUUCUUUAAGCUUUAAGAAGAAAAAAAAUCAAGAUUCCCGCGUACACGUAAAGCAAAAUCGUAACAUUUUCUUAGUAUUUUAUAAUUUGUGAUUGGACAAACCUACAGCUACACAUAGAUUGUUUAGGUUAUAUGCCAUGGGUUAAUUUGAAUAGUUAGUAGUUCUUUAUAUUUCUUCUUUUUUAUAUAUUAUUUGUAUAAAAUAUAAUGUAAAGAUUAUAAGUA